AUACCACCAAAUUCCCCUUCAUCUUCGUUCUCCCUUUGCUUUCACACACCUGCGUAGACACGCAUAAAAGCCUCAGCCCAUGGCAUGUUGCUUCGGAUACUGAGACCAAAACUCCAGCCAUUUAAAACCCACUUCAACAUUCUUCAACCCGUCUCAUUACUCUGCACCACUCCUCAUCCAUGGCCGCCGCACGACACCGUGCUCACAGUCUCGGCCCUGAUCAAGAAACCCAACUGGGAACACAACGUUCGCCUCAAAUCCCUCGUUUCUCACUUAAACCCCCGAUUUAUUUCCAGAGUCAUAGCCAUCCACGCCGGUGACGUUCCACUCUGCACCGAUUUUUUCCGAUGGGUUUGCAGACAAUCAACUUACUGCUACGAUAUAGAUAGCAGAAUCCAGUUUCUGAAUAUGCUUGCAUCCGAUAAGUUGUUUGGGGUUUUGCAUAAAGUGCUGGUGUGGCUAAUCAAAGAAUGUAGCGGUUCUGUAGAUGACUUGCUGAAGCUCAUGGCUGCCAUUGACGGCGUGCGGGAAAUGGAAGGGUUUCGAGUUAAUUACCCUUGCUACAGUACGCUUCUGUUGUGUCUGGCGAAGUUGGAUAUGGGUUUGAUGGCUUUUUCAGUGUUUAGAAAAAUGGGGGAAGAUGGAUUUGUUGCCAGUGAGAUCGAUUACAGAGCUGGGGAACUCGGUAAUGCCUUCAGAGUGUUUGCUUUAAUGUCUGAAAAGGAUGGCUGUGGUGUGAAUAAUGUUGUGUACUCGAUUCUUGUACACGGGCUUUGUGAAGCUGGAAAUUUAGACAAGGCGUGUCGAUUAAAAGAUGAAAUGAGUGAAAAGGGCUGUGAGCCGAGCGUGAGAACAUAUACUGUUCUGAUUAAAGCAAUGGGUGACAGAGGAUUGGUCGACCGAGCUCUUGAUUUGUUGAAUGAGAUGGUAAAGAGAGGUGGCAAGCCGAAUGUUCACACGUACACGGUUUUUGUAGAUAUGUUGUGUCAGGAGGGGAAGAUUGAAGAGGCUAAUUGGAUGUUUAAAGAGAUGCUAAAGGAUGGACUGAAUCCAAGUGUUGUGACUUAUAAUGCGCUAAUUAACGGUUAUUGUAAAGAAGGACGAGUGGUUCGGGCUUUUGAGUUGCUCGGGCUCAUGGAAAGAAGGCAGUGCAAGCCGAAUAUCCGAACGUAUAAUGAGCUCAUUGAAGGGCUGUGUAAAAUAGGUAGGCCUCACAGAGCAUUGGAAUUAUUGCAGAAGAUCAUCAGUAACGGGUUAUUUCCUACUGCUGUCACUUUCAAUAUUCUCGUUGCUAGCUUCUGCUGUGUGGGCCAGCUAAAUAUGGCUGUUAAGAUAUUUCACUUGCUGGGCUUAUUCGGAGUCGAGCCCGAUCGAUAUUCUUACAACGCAUUGAUUGACUGUCUCUGCAAGAUGGAAAAAAUGGAGCAAGCAGGUGUUUUUAUGGGGUUGAUGACAAAGAGAGGAAUAUGUCUCGAUGAAAUUACUCAAACUGCUCUAGUUUACGGUUAUUGUAAGAUCGGUAACACUAAAUCGGCACUUUUGCUGCUAGAGGAAAUGGUUAAAGAUGGGUUUUUGACGAGCCCACAUGCUUUUAACAUAUUUCUUGAUUUUCUGUGCAAAGGAGUUAAGCUAGUCGAGACGAAUGCCAUGUUGGGGAAGAUGCUGAAGCUCGGUUUGGGCCCUUCGGUCGUGACCUACACUAUAUUGGUUAAUGGGCUUUGCCGAGCGGGCAAUCUGAAAGAGGCCCAAAAAAUGAUGGAGCUCAUGAAACGGGCCGGUUGCCGGCCCAAUGUCUAUACGUAUACUAUAGUCAUUGAUGCUCUCUGUAAAAAUGGAAAAUUGAAGGAGGUGGAGAAUCUCUUGAUCAAAAUGCGAGAAAACAACGUACUGCCGAACGAAUUCAUAUAUGCUCGACUGAUCAAAUCGUUUGUUGAUCAAACUGAAGGUAGAUUUCCAGAAGUCGAUAGGCUUAAAUUUGAUAUUGUAAGAAAUGCCGGUGUUGGGGAUCAAGGCGCAAUGUGUCCGUAUGUGGAAUUUUUGGUCUAGGGAAAUCGAUCGUGCGAGGCUUUUGAGUUGGUAGAUCAAAUAGGGGCCAAGGAGAGGCCAAUUGUUUAGAGGUGUGUUAAUUCUCAAAGAGAUGCAAACAUGACUGGAAAUAUUGGAUGUAAGAAGUAUUUUGUUUGGU